AUGGCUGCCUCCAUGAGGAAGGCGGCGCACGAUAUUCAGACGCGGAGAAGGACUGAUGAUGUUUUGUUGUCUGAGGUGGUUGAUUUCGCCUCUUUGCUACUUUCCCAGGCAGUGGUAGAAGGAUUGACUGCCUCAGGUUUCCAGAAACCUUCUCCAAUACAGCUGAAAGCCAUCCCGCUUGGGCGAUGCGGACUCGAUCUUAUUGUUCAAGCCAAGUCUGGCACGGGGAAGACAUGUGUGUUCGCCACUAUCGCCCUGGACUCGUUGGUCACAGAGAACAUGACAACCCAGGUGCUGGUCCUGGCGCCCACCAGAGAGAUUGCGGUCCAGAUCCACUCAGUGGUCACAGCAAUUGGCAGUGCCAUGGAGGGCCUGGAGUGCCAUGUGUUCAUAGGCGGCACUCCAGUGAGCCAGGACAAGGCCCGUCUGAAGAAGUGCCACAUUGCCAUCGGGUCCCCAGGACGAAUUAAGCAGCUGAUUGAGCUGGGCUUCCUGCUUACCACCAGCAUCAGGCUGUUUGUGCUGGAUGAGGCAGACAAACUGCUGGAGGAGGGCAGCUUUCAGGACCAAAUCAACUGGAUCUACUCCUCCCUCCCUGCCAAUAAGCAGAUGCUGGCCCUCUCUGCCACCUACCCAGAGUCUCUGGCCCAACACCUGACCCGCUACAUGAGGGACCCCACUUUUGUCAGGCUGAACCCAACUGACCCGGGCCUGAUAGGGCUGAAGCAGUACUACAAAGUGGUGAGGUCACACUCCAUGCCCCACAAGAUCUUUGAGGAGAAGGUCCAGCACCUGUUUGAACUCUUCAGCAAGAUCCCCUUCAACCAAGCCCUGGUUUUCUCCAAUCUGCACACUCGAGCUCAGCACCUGGCUGACAUCCUCACGUCAAAGGGCCUGCCAGCUGUCUGCAUUUCUGGCGGCCUGAGUCAGGACCAGCGUCUGGAGGCCAUGUCCAAGCUGAAGCAGUACCAGUGCCGAGUGCUAAUCUCCACUGACCUGACCUCGAGAGGAAUUGAUGCAGAGAAGGUCAACUUGGUCAUCAACCUGGACGUGCCUAAUGACUGGGAGACAUACAUGCACCGCAUCGGGCGUGCGGGGCGUUUUGGUACUCAUGGGCUGGCAGUGACCUACUGUUGUCAUGGAGAGGAGGAGAACAAAAUGAUGGCAAUCGCUCAGAAGUGCAGUUUAAGCCUGUGCUGUUUACCAGACCCAAUACCCCCUGGCCUGAUGGAGGAGCCGUGCGACUGGGACAUUACUGUCGAAAACCUCAAGACAGGACCUGCUUUUGAGGCCCUCCCAAAAUUGGACAAGAAGAGGAGGGCAAAGACAGACAGCUGUGGGCCAGGGACUUGUCGGGAUGAGAACCCUGAAAAGACCAUCCCAAGGAGGGCUGUGAAGAGCUCUCAGGCAGAACAGGAGGGAAAUGCAGGGAUCGGGAAGCAGCCCAAAAAAGCUGUUGCUGUCCCAGGCGCCCCUGUCCUUGGGGCAACGCCUGCUCCAGAGGCCCCUCCAUCCCGAACGCGACGGGAACUUCAAGAGGCCCUGCCGAAAAUCCCUCCCCUGCCCUCCUUCAAAACCAAAGUGCCAAAGCCCAUGUCCUUUGAGGAGAUUGUGGCUGAUUAUGAGCAGUUCAUCGAGGAAGGCCCGGGGCGCUCGGUGGAAGUCAUCCGCCAGUUCACGGGCCCCAACAACGGCGCCUACGCGUCUGGACGCUGUGAGCCGUUAGUGCUGCAACAGAGGGGAACCGACCAACCGCAGGGGGAUCGUCCUUUAGGGAGGGAUUCCAGCCCCUCCCCCUCCAGGUCGGUAUCCCCCCGCUCCACCCCGUCCUCAGAGACAUCCUCAACCUCAGACGAGGAUGAAGGCCAGAGGGGGGACAUGAAGCCGCUCACUCUCCCGGAACAGACCAGAUGUGUCGAUCGCCACACAGGAAGACCAAGCCAAGCAAGCAGCUCCUCUGGGUCAUCAGCGGCGUGGGGGCAGCCUUCUGUAGGGCGGUUUGGCAAACCGACACAAACUUCAGCCGAAUCUGCACGCCAGCACCCCUCCCGUCCCCAGGCUCCUCCCCUGCAGCCUCGUAAGAAACAGUCUGGGAAGAAGCCUCAAAAUUCCAGCUCGCCCCCAAAGAAGGUGCCCAACAUUAAAAGUGGUGUGGAUGCUGCAGGCGGGAAGAGGACCGAGGAGGAUGAGGCAGAGAGGAGUAACAGGGAGUACUGGCGGGCUUAUUAUCAGGCAUGGGAAGAGUACUACACUGCUAUGCCUCAGUAUUACCAGAUGGCCUACAGCUGGAUGGCCGCCUAUCGCAUGAACUCUGUCUAUAUGAGGGAGCUGCUGAAACGCUAGCAGGAAAGAAGUGACCACAUCCUUCUCUGAGUAAUGUAAAACUGUAAAUCUGCUGUUGGGAUGACUGUACUUUCCACUGGUUUAUCGAUAAUUCUGUGGAUAGGAUGUUUCUAGUCUGUGAAAGAGUAAAGGUUUAAGAGUGUUAGCUUAUGCAGACACAGUGGAGCCAGGGCUCAGAGAGAAUCAUGCUGGCAGCAGUAGCAGUCAUAUCUGUGGACAUGAUAAAUGAGAUUGUAGAGAUGCAAGUUUUGCUGGGGAGAUAUGGGUCUGUGAUCAAAUGUUAUUUUAAUGCUAAAAGACCUCCAAAAGUGAAACCUGAUGUUUAGAGCAUGUUUUGGGCUGUAGCACAUCCAAUGUGCUGUUUUAUUAAUGAAAAAAUAAUGCAGUGCCACAAAUAAAUUAUGUAAUGUUGUACGCUUGUCCUGUUGCCUAAUAAAGAAA